UGCGUAUUUAAGCAGACAUUAUACAACACUCUAUGAUGGCUGUUUCUAUAAAAAUAACAUGAAAAAAAAAGGGUAUUAUUCUAUUUCAAAACAAUAGAGGCAUCAUCGAGAAAUAAAUUCUCUCUCUCUCUCUUUUUUUUAUUUUCUUUUCUUUUCUUUGUUAAUCAAAAAUGUCUAUUGAACCAGAAAUACCUUAUACCUUUAACGACGAUGAAGCUUCUGAUAAUGAUGAUGACUGGAGAGAUACCACUGUUCGUAUACCUUCACAAUCACAAUCGCGACAACAAACACCCACUAUCGACAUGAGCCUUCAACAUGCUCGAGCAGACACACCCGUCUCAAGUGGUUCAGUUCGUAGUUUUACAGACACGACUGUCGUACCAGAAACUGUCCAUCGAAACGCUGAUGAUUACUGGGUCUUGCCUGCCCAUUUUAACCCAAUGGAUAUCCUGGGUGGUUUCAACAAGGCACGCGCCAAAGAAAUCCAACGCGCUUCCAACUCGUACAUUGAAUACAACUCAGACUACAAUCAAAUCGAUAUCUGGGGGGACGAAAUCGCUAUCAAAAAGACAAAAGAAUACCUCGACACGAUUGCUGCUCGUGCUAACGAAAACGACACACGCUCCCUUCGCAAAACGAAGAAAUGGAGUAAGCCUGAGCGCGAAUUGACAGAGAGAGAGAAAAGACGUGCUGAACGAAAGCAAGCCAAGAUGGACGAAGAGAAAAGAUACCAAGGAUUACCUGCUGUACCUCAAAACUUCCAUGCUGUGUUUCCUUUGCCUGAUAAACGCUUGCCUUUAGUGCGCUUUAUGGGUGAUCGAGGUGAAGAAUACUUCAAUUCGAUUCGGGCUGAAUGCAAAGCGUUCCUUUGGUACGAAGAAGUAGGCAAUUUGAUCCGAAUCAAUGCAGAUACAGAGGAAUCUGUCAGGGAAGCAGGCAAGCGUGUUCGUAACUGGUAUUUGCGUUGUUGUCGUAAGCCUAUUGGAAGUACAUUGCGAUUAUUGCAACAACCUUCCAAGCAAUGGCUCUUGAGAUACCGUCGAUUACCGAGUACAUUUGUCACUUACACUUAUGCAGACCCUGAACGAGAGAAAAUGAUGUUAGAAAAGCACCGAUUAUUGGAAACAGUGGCUCAUGGUACACCAAUGUCUCUCAUCAGUCUGAGUGAUGAACGACCUCAGGAAUUGUCUGAACAAGGACGAAAAUUAAAUGCACGCAAUGAAACCUUUAUUGAACAGAGUUUGGCAGAUGGUAUCGAAAGUUUACGUUUAAAUGACUGGAUGGUCCGUAUGAAGAUUCGAUAUGGUAGUAUCUGUUUGAUGAAUUACCCCAAGAAGGAUGAUAAAUACCUAUCAAUUGAAAAAGUCAGCGACAAGAUAUUCCGUAAGCCCAUGUUCAAGUCUGCUUUAGCACCCUGUAUGAGCAAAACAAGGGAUCAUCUUCAACACUUGUUUGACUAUCUUUCCAACGGUACGGAUGCUGUUGAAUACUCUGAGAACCCACGCACUUCGUUUGUGGUUCAUGCAAAGCAGUACCCAGCAGCAGCUCCACCCCGUGUGUCUGGUCAGCGUGAAGCUUCGCGUGGUGAUAUGUGGGAUACUGUCAUGCAAGUCUCUUUUACUGAAACAGGCUCUCGACUUCUUUGGAACACUAUGACAGACUGUACAGAUUUAGUCGAUAUCAACUGUACCAACAUUGAAGGACGUUACUCUUGGGAUCUCAAGCUACAACAUGCCCGUCAAUUACCCAACAAUGACUUCGAUACACCUCAUUCUAAAUUCUGGCAAGCCCUGCGCAUUUCACCUGAUAAACGAUUGAUCAUGGCUACUUUUAGUGAUUAUGUCCCUCAUUUGGUGACUCAAAAGACAAAAUGGCUCUACAACUGGAAAGGAUAUGUGGUUGAAGUCUGUAAAGAUGAGAUAUGGGACAUGACUCAUCUUACUGCUUUUGAACCACACCGUUCUUUGUAUAAACUUGGGGUUGAUCGAUUUGCUGAAAACUUGACUUUAAAGAUUGGAGAGGCUCCUAGUUGGACAUUACGUGAUUUCCUUGGCUCCGAAGAAGAAAAUGUUCGUGCGAUCAUGAAGGCUGCAAAGGAAUUUGGUGAAAUUCUGCAUGAUAAAGUGCCUCUUUACUGGGAUAGCACUAGCAACUCGUUGGUUUAACUAAAUCUUAAAACUUGUUAAAAAACAUUGUUUCUAUUUGUUAUUGUUGUGAUGUUGUAAGAGAAAAGAUAAAAAAACAAAGAAGUCGAUUAGAACUUGUAUAGGUUUAUUCUUGUGAUGUUUUGAUAAUAGAGAGUUAUAUGAUAAGUUAAUGUAUAGACAAAGGUAGAUACUUUGAG